CUAUCUGAAACGGAGUCAGAUGUUGAAUUACUAUCUGAAACGGAAUCAGAUGUUGAGUUACUGUCUGAAGAAUCAGACGUUGAAUUACUAUCUGAAACUGAGUCAGACGUUGAAUUACUAUCACUUACUUCAGAUGUUGAGUUACUAUCACUUACGGAAUCAGACGUUGAAUUACUAUCUGAAACGGAGUCAGACGUUGAGUUACUAUCACUUACUGAAUCAGAUGUUGAGUUACUGUCUGAAACUGAGUCAGAUGUUGAAUUGCUAUCUGAAACGGAGUCAGACGUUGAGUUACUAUCACUUACGGAAUCAGAUGUUGAGUUACUGUCUGAAACUGAGUCAGAUGUUGAAUUACUAUCUGAAACUGAAUGUUGA